AUGGUGCGUCGACGCGCGAGGACGCGCGAGGCCGCUAAGGAGGAGGCAGCGCCGGCAGAGCAACCAGAGACACUCGAGCCCGAGAUCGAGCAGCAAGAGGAACCUGGGAACAAUGAUGAUGAGCAGCACCGGAAUAACGGCGAUGGUGAUGAUGACGACGACGAUGACAACCUCGGCGACCUUCCCAUUCUUCAGUUCGACGAGGAGCUGUCGUGGCGCCCCGCCAAGCCCAUUGCUAGUGCCACCCUGGUUGCCCGCCUCGAACGUCUGUCUAAGGAGCUCGCCGAAUUCGAUCAGGGAAGUGUCGACCUCGGCUCGAUAAAAGAUGUUGCUGAGAAGCUGGCCCAUCGCAACCUCAUGCAGCACAGGGACAAGGGCGUCAAGGCCUACACAGCCUGCUGUCUCGUCGAUAUCCUGCGUCUGUUCGUUCCCGACGCGCCCUUCACCGAUGAUCAGCUUAAGAUCAUGUUCGGUCUAUUUGUCAAGGACAUUCUUCCCGCCCUCCACGACCCGACGAAUCCUUACAACACCCAGAACAAGUACGUCCUCGUGUCUCUGACCGAGGUGAAGAGUAUACUGCUCCUCUUCGAUAUCAACGGCUCCGAUGAUCUUCUUCUCCGCCUCUUCAACAACACCUUUGACGGUGUUUCCAACAGCUCCAAGUCCAAGACGGGCGAGGAGGUUGCCAAGGACAUCGAGUUCCACCUGACAGAGAUGCUCGUUCAGCUCGUCGACGAGGCGCCGGGAAGUAUCCCCGCCGGCGUCAUCGACGCCAUCAUCAGCCAGUUUCUCAGGGCUGCCCCUCCGGGAGGCGCCCGAUCCAGGGACACCACCCAGUCUACCCUUCUCCACAAGACCGAGCCCCCGGCCUACAUCAUGGCCAGGCGCAUCUGCACCGCCUGCACUGACAAGAUGGCCCGCUAUGUGAGCCAGUACUUUGGCGACGUCAUUCUCAAUGCGUCGGGUUUUGCGACCAAGGCCAUCGGACGUCGUCAGGAUGAAGAUGAGGAUGAGGAGGAUGCCAACGCCGGUCCGUCCGAGGCUGACCUGAAGAGUUUGCGCCAGGCCCAUCUCCUCAUCCGGGAGCUGUGGCGUGCUGCACCAACGGUGCUGGAGAAUGUCGUACCCCAGAUCGACGCCGAGCUGUCGGCCGACAACGUCUACCUGCGACAGAUUGCGACUGAGACCAUCGGCGACAUGAUUGCCGGCAUCGGCGCUGCCGGCCCGCCCCCUCCGCCCAGUCUGGACCCGACGCUUUACCCACCUCUGCGCCUCCUCGACGACCCCACGGGCGCCUCCUCGGCAAACAGCCUGACGACCCCAUAUUCUCCCCAGUCCUUCCCCCAGACUCAUACGCCUGUCUACCGCAACUUUGUCGGCAGGAAGAAUGACAAGAGCAGCGCUAUCCGUGCCGCCUGGGCCACAGCCUGCGGCCACAUCCUAGCUACAUCCGCCGGCGGUAUCGGUCUGAGCCGCGUCGAGGAGAACGAGCUCAUCAAGGCGUUGGCCGAGAAGCUAUGCGACAGUGAAGAAAAGGUCCGUCUCUCGGCUGUCAAGGCCAUUGAGCUGUUUGACUUCCGCGACAUCAUCUUGAAGCUCGGUGCCACCGGCGGCGUCGAUAAGCAGGGCACCAUCUUUGGCAACCUCGGAGAUCGUAGCCGUGACAAGCGCGCCUCGGUGCGCGUCGAGGCCAUGGUUCUUCUCGCCAAGCUCUGGGCUGUCGGGUCUGGAGAACUCGCCGACGGUCAGGAGGCCGCGGCCGUCACAGCAUGUCUGUACGGUAUACCCUCCAAGAUCAUCAAUGCCUUCUACGCCAACGAUGCCGACCUCAACGUCCUGCUCGACAGGGUCAUGUUCGAGUGCCUGAUCCCGCUCAAGUACCCGAUGCCCAAAGGCCGGGACAGCAAAUCCAAGUCGUCGGAGAAGAAGGGAGGUCUUACCCAGGCAGAGCAGGAUACCAUCCGGUCCGAGAGGAUCCUGCUCAUGGUCAAGUCUCUUGACACGCCGGCGCAAAAAGCCUUCUUCGCCAUGCAGGCGCGUCAACCGCAGUUUGCCAUGGCGCUCGGCGUCUUCAUCAGCCAGUGCGAGGCUUUCAACGGGGGAGCCUCGACCGCGGCGUCGCAGAAGGCCAAGGCCAAGAUGGACCAGACGUUGCAGUGGUUCGGCCCAUACUUUCCUGACCCGCUCAAGGUCAAGGCCGAUCUCCAGAAGCUGGCCAAGGUCAACGACCGCCGAGCGUACCAGCUCAUCAAGUAUGCCAUCGAGUCGGAGAGUGACUUCCAAAAAGUGCGGCGGUCAAUUCACGAACUCAUCCCCAGGAUCCAGUCCGGCAACGCCGCGAGUUCCCUGGACACGGUGAUCCCGCUGCUGUACCGCUCGUGUCCUCUCGUGUACAAUAGGAGCCACCUGGCGACCAUCAUGGACUACUCCAAGAGCGACAAGGACGGCUUCGCCAGCGUGGCGCACGCCAUCCUCAACGACAUCUCAACGCGCAACCCGGACCUGUUCAAGACGCACUCGGAGGAGCUGCGCAAGACAAUCAUCGAUCAGGCCCCCACAGUCAGCAAGGCCAACGACGUGGGCGUUGUCGACAUUCUCAAGGCCUACUCGUCGUACGCCAAGAAGUACCCGGACGAGGUGCAGUCGGACAAGACGUUUAGCCAGACGCUGGCCAACUACGCACUCUAUGGUCAGCCUCAUAAGGCAGCUAAGUAUGCUGUCAACAUCCUGCUCACCGGCAACGACAGUAAAAGCAAAGUCACGGCCACCAACCUGCUGCAAAAGGCGUCCAAGGACCUCAAGUACGACACCAAGCACCUGCUCAACAAGCUGGCCACCAUCAGCCAGCUGGAGCGAUUAGCGCCGACGGUCACGGCCGACUCGGACGACGUCAUCAGCAGCCUGACGAUUGACGAGAUCCUGCGCUCAGUGCGGACCGACGCAUCCGACUCGGACCCCUCGUGGGUCAACGACACCGAUAUGGACGAGGAGCUGCAGGCCAAAUGCCUAUCCAUCAAGGUCCUCGUGAACCGCGCUCUGUCCAACACCGAAGAGCCCAGCGCUGCCGAGGAACGGGCGAAACCACUGUUCAAGCUACUCAUGACGCUCAUAACUAAGGAGGGUGAGCUGAGCAAGGACAAGGACAGGACCACGCCGCUGCACCACAGGAAGCGCCUGCGGCUGCUGGCGGGGCAGUCGAUCCUCAAGCUGUGCACGGUAAAGGAGUACGAUGACCAGUUCGACCCGCGCAGCUUCAACCAGCUAGCCGAGCUGGUGCAGGACAGCGAGUUCCAGGUGCGUCGGCGCUUCAUGGACAAGCUGCAGAACCACCUGACGCGAGGCCGGUUGCGGCCGAGGUUCUACGUGAUCCUCUUCCUAGCGGCCUUUGAGCCCGUGGCCGACGUCAAGGUGCGCACAGAGACGUGGCUCCGCUCACGCACGCGCUACUACGCCGAGAACUCCAAGUCAAUCAUGGAGGCCAUGAUCGGCCGGCUGAUCCCGCUGCUGGCCCAUCACCCGGACUACAGCUCACAGCCGGAAGACCUUGAGGACUUUGCCAAGUACAUCCUCUUCUACCUGUCGACCGUCGCCAGCGAGGCCAACAUUGCGCACAUAUACAAGUACGCCGAGAGGGUCAAGCAGACGCGCGACGCGCUCAGCCCCGAGGCCAGCGAGAACCUCUACGUCCUCAGCGACCUGACCCAGGCCGUCAUACGCAAGUACCAGGAGCGUAAGGGGUGGAGCUUCCAGGCAUGGCCGGACAAGGUCGGCCUGCCCACCGGUCUAUAUACGGCCCUGCCAUCCAGUGAGGUCGCUCAGCAGAUUGCAAAGAAGCAGUAUAUUUCCGACGAGUUGGAUGAAAAGCUCGAUGAUGUGAUACGUGCACAAGAGCGCAAAAAGAAGCGCAAGUCCGUCCACGACCUCUCAGAGCAAACAGCGAAGAAGCCCAAAGGCCAAUUCAAGACAGUCAUCCGUGAAAAGGCAACACCCAAGCCUAAGGCAGCCAAGAAGAAGAAGGCCACGUCGUCGCGUCCCAAGAAGGCCUCGCCGCCCCCCGUACCGCUCUCCGAGCGCAGACGCAGCGGUCGUGCGACGGUAUCGUCCAGCUACAGGGAACGUGAUGACGACGAGGACGAGGAAGAGAUGCUAGACGGCGUGGCAUCGUGGGACUAUGGCGAUGACGACGACGACGACGAUGAGGAAGACGGCAGCAGCAACGAUGAAGAGGAAGAGAAUGAAGAGGAUCUUCCCAUGUCUGAUAAUGCUGAGGAGGAGACCAACGGCGAUGGCAACGAGGAAGAAGAGGAAGAGCAGCAAUCAAAGAGCAAGAGUAAUACGGGUCGAGGAGCGAGAAGUGCGGCGGCUGGAAAGAAGACCAGUACUGCAUCGAGGUCAAGUCGUACCAGGGGGAGGAGAGUAGGUGGCAAGCCUGAUUCGGACAUGGAUAACGAUAAUGACGAAUAA